AUGUUGGUAGUUUUUAAUGAAGUAGGAAGGAGUACAUUAAAAGCGUCUCGUUUGUACUUACUACGAUACCCUCAGAGGAGACAGCCAUCAAGAGCUACUUAUGCGAACAUAGACAAAUGUUUACGCGAAAAAGGUACUUUUCCGACCGGUGUAAAAAAAGGAAAAUCUCUUUCUGCGUUGGAUGAAAAUCACCAAUGUAGUGUUUUAGCUGCGUUUGAACUUCAACCACAUGCAUCAAUUAGAAUGAUAGCUAGUCAAACAGAUAUUAGUUGUUCUUUGGUCUACCGCAUCUUACAUCAAAAUUCUUACCAUCCUUAUAAAAUCCAUUAUGUACAAGGGUUAAAACCGACAGACCCAAUUAGAAGAUUAGAUUUUAUAUCACAUAUGGUAGUGUUGCACGAAGAAGAUAAAAACAUUAUUUCAAACAUUUUGUGGACUGAUGAAAGUUGUUUCAAUAAUAAUGGCAUUGUAAACCGUCGAAAUUCACACUUUUGGAGUAAAAAUAAUCCACAUUGGACAUAUAAUGCACAAAUUAGAUGGUCAAUCAAUGUUUGGUGUGGGAAUUUUAAUAAUCAGUUAAUAGGACCAUAUUUUUACGACUGUACAUUAACUGGUAUUCGGUACCUUGAUUUUCUGGUCAAUAUUUUGCCUGAUUUGAUGGCUGAUGUACCCGAUGAAGUUUGUGACAAUAUGUGGUUUCAGCAGGAUGGUGCUCCACAUCACAACGCCAAUGUAGUUAAGGAUCAUUUGAACCAGCAGUAUCCAUCACAAUGGCUUGGUACAAAUGGUCCAGUCAAAUGGCCUCCACGAUCUCCUGACCUGACUCCGUUGGACAUUUUCUUGUGGGGUUACUUAAAAGACAAGGCCUAUGAGCAACAACCAAAACUCUUGAUAGAUUUAAAAGAACGUAUUACUGCAGCAUGUCGUACAUUAACAACGACAAUGUUGAAAUCUGUCAUGGAUUCAAUCAUAAGCGAUACCAAAAAUGUUUAG